UCAUUAAAAAAUUUAUGUUGGACGUUUAAGCUAGUUUUAACAAAAUCAAAACUUUUUUUAACAAUAUCAUCAUGCUUAAAUGUGUUACAUAAUAAUUUUAACAGCCAAACAUAAAAUUAUUUUCGAAUCUGUAGCUACAUCUCUAGAUACUUCAGUGAAACUGCCUUUUUGAAGAAAAAAUAUGUAUAUACGAAAGAAUCAUACGAUUCUGAGGGUCGAUCGGUAUUUGAACGCUCGCGAAGCGAUGAGGUGUAUGAAAAGAACAGUGGUAGGCGGAGUCGAGCUGCAAAUCGAUUAAAAUAUGCAUUUUCUGUCAAGAAAAUAAAAAAAUAAUUAUAAUAUAAAUCAUGUUUGUCCAAAACUUGAACUGCGAAUCAAAGCGUUUCCGCUUCUGUCGCCUCGAUAGAGCGAGACAGAAAGUAAACAAAAAAGGAUGAGUGUUUUAAUGCUUCGAAUCUAGACAGAGUUGAUAGCGUUUAGUCUUUCUUUUUUUCUUACUAUCUCUAUCGAGACGACAGAGAGAUAGCAGUGCUUUAGUUUGCAAGCCAAAUUUGGACAGAUCUGAAUAUAAAAUGUUAUACUUAAAUAAUGACGUAAUCACGCAGCCUUUCACCUCUUUUUUAAGCCAUUUGUACGGCUUAAAAAGCCAUAACUUUGCGUGAUAACUUAUAUAUAUCAAAUCCUUGAAAAAUGCAAAUAGAAUCGAAAGUCCCCAAAAACAGAUUUUAUUGAUCAUUAAAUAAAUCAGUAAAAUGUAAAUAAGCUUUCUUUGAGGUUGUAGGAACAUUUAUAUAUAAGCUUGAUCGACUCACCUGCGUCAGUCUUACUGUACAUUUCUCGUGUAAUUGUUAGGAUCACAAUACGGUUGUUCUUUCUAACAGUGAAGUAUUGAAAAAAUAGAAAUGGGAAAACUUCUAUUUGAAAUGUUUGUUGCAAUCUUUGUUUUUAAGAUUAUAGCAAUACAUGUUACUCUAACGGCAACGGAAAUACCUUCCAAUAUUCAUGUGUGUGGCCGCAACGAUCCUAACUACAAUCAAUGCAUCGCGGACAAUAUUAUCAUGGUAAAGGAUAAGAUUUGCAAUGGAUUUCCAGAACUUGGCUUGCCACCAGUCGAGCCAUUACUUUUCGACAAAACAGCUAUUUUCGACUUCCCUAAUAUCAAGCUGUACACACUAGACACGAAAGUACGUGGAAUUUGCGACUUUGUCUUAAACUCCGUUCAUACAAGCCGCAACAAGCUUCAGUUAAAUUUCAAUUUUACAUAUAAACAACUAUACGUGAACACCACGUAUGAUUUUAAUGUUCAUUUGCUAAUACCACUCGCUCACAGAGGAUUUCUUUACGCUAUUAUAGAUAAAAUAGAAAUGAGAGCAAGCUUGGACUUGAAAGUGAUAAUCAAGAAUGGCAUAAGACACAUAUAUGCAUCAAAUGCGACCGUAAAUGCAAAGUUUACAGACUUUGAAUACAAAUUCGAUGAGAGCGACAAGGGACUCGAUCAAUUGCAUGCAAUUUUUAAUAUUGUCGUAGAUCAUAAUAAACAAAUUGUUAUUAACACUAUAGAACCAGUAUUAGAAGAGAAAAUGUCUAAAUUAAUUAUCCAGUUAUUCAAUAACAUAACCAAAUCCAAAUAUGAUGAAUACUUUCCCGAACAAAUAUGAGUCAGGUAUGGGAUUGUUGACAAUUUGUUCCGUGAAUUUUAUAAUCCAACUAAAAACAAAGAUAACAAUUUGUUUGAUAUUUGGGGAUUACAAGAAUAAAUUAACACAUCAUGUGCAUUAUGUGUAAAAUGGAACGUAGGCAGAGAAACAACGGAAAAAAUAAACAAAAAUGAAACGACGGUGAUGGGUUACGUUAAUUCUGUGGAUGUAUCGUUUUGCUGUAAUUUUUCAUUAAUGCGAUAUCAUGCUUAGGAUGAUAGACAUAGGAUAAGAUUAAUAAAAAGAGAGAAAGGCCGACGACGAGCAAAAAGAAGGUGUACGUUUUUAAUUAAAAUUUAUUUCUGUUUAAUCAUUAAAUAAACUGAACGUUUUGACUUACUUUGUCUUCUUCAGCAAUAUUAAAUAACUCAUAACAUUACGAAUAUAUAAAUCAGGACGUGAGCAUUCAAAUAAAUAUAAAUAAAUAUAUAAAUAGAUAGAUGUAAUGGUUGUGUCAAAAUCAUGAGAAGGAUUACAUCAAAACUUAACGUAAAAAAAUUAUAAAAAUUAACAGUCUGCAGACUUUAAAUGAUGAAAUGUGCUGAAUGUAUGUAUCAUGUUAAUGUACAAAAUAGAAUGCAUGACUGAUUCUUGACGUGUUGCAACUGAUGUUGCUCGAGUAGGGAUAACAUUUUCCACAUUACAUUGGACAUUCUAUGUAUAUGUAUUUUUUCUUUAUUAUGUGAAAAUAAUAUCCUGUAUAUAGAAAGUAUGCGCAUUUUAUAUAUAUAUAAUUUGAAUAUACGUUAUGGUAUGUAAUAUGUAUAUUUGUUAAUAUAUUUUGUAUGUAUGUACACAGCAUAAUAUUAAAUGUACAUUUUAUAUACAUUAUUUGAAUGUACAGUACGGUGCAAUGAUUCGAAGAGCUUAGUAGAUGGCUGACUUAUUGACGCCACAGUCUAACAUUAUACAAUAUAUGCUAGACUAUGGCGUCGGUAAGUCAGCCAUCUACUAAGCUCUUCGAAUUAUUGCACUGCACUGUACAUUAUAGUACAUAAUAUGUAUAUUCAUUAAGGUAUUUUGUAUGUAUAUACAGUGUUUAAUGCUCGAAUGCUUCUCGUUUACUGUUUGAUAGCUAGAAUUAAUUUUAUUCUUUGUAUUGAUACGUUGAAGAUGACUCCAAAGCGAGUCGAACGUUCAUUUGAGUGAUUUUGUUAUAUCAAGAUAAAUAAAUAAUUAUAUAUACGUUAUUAA